AUGGAAGCAUAUGAUGGGUCAAAGGAUUCGUUGGAACACCUAGAGACAUUCAAGGUCCAUAUGACUCUCCACGGCUUCCCUAGUGAGGUAGCAAGUAGAGCUUUUCCCCUCACUUUGAAGAGAGUAGCACGACCGUGGUUUGGGUCCCUAUGGCCUGGAACUGUGGGUAGCUUCAACGAGCUAGCACGUCUCUUCCUAACACAGUUCAUGGCCAGCCGAACAAGGAGGAGACCAGCGGCUUACCUUUUGACUGUUAAACAAAGGGACGACAAGAGCCUCAAGUCAUAUCUCUCCCGCUUUAACAAGGAACGAAUGACAAUGGAUGACCAAGAUGAAAAGAUCACCUUGGCCGCCUUGUUAGGAGGAAUCUGGCCCCGUAACCCCUUUAUGACGGAAAUAACCCGAAAGACCCCAGCCACUCUAAGGGAGUUUAUGGACCGCGCUGACGGUUACAUAAACGGCGAAGAUACUCUCCGAGUGUUAACUGCCCCCAGUAGGAGUGACUUGGAGAGUGCAGAUAAAAAGACAGCAGACUAG